GCUACUACGGCUACCGGCAUGCGCCCGGCGAGCGUGGGGACAGCGAUCGCCGGCUUGUUGCCCUUGCGGACAGGCUUGGAAAGAGCUUCUUCAAGCGAAAGGAGGUCCUGGACAUUGGCUGCAACGCCGGCCUGGUAUCCUUGGCCAUGGCCCGCGAGUUCAGCGUUGCUCGGGUUGUUGGGAUGGACCUGGAUGCGGACUUGAUCGAAGCUGCCCAAGCGAACUACUCAUGUGAGAUGGACAACCUGCAAGGUAUCGUCGAGUUCCGACGCGAAGACAUCCUCAGUUGCCCCCUGCGGCGCGGGCCGGAGGAAACGCCGGAGCGCUUCGAUGUCGUGCUGUGCCUCUCUGUGACCAAGUGGGUCCACUUCGCGCAUGGGGAUACUGGCAUCCGCAACCUCUUCAAGCGAGUCUUCAAGAGGACAAGGCCUGGUGGCUACUUCAUCCUAGAACCCCAAGGAUGGGGAAGCUACAAGAAGAAACGCCACAUCACCCGAGCUAUCCGGGACACUGUUGCGUCCAUCGAGCUGCGCCCAGAGGCCUUUGCCGAGUGCCUGGUCGAGAUGGGUUUUGAGCAGAUCGACACCAUCGAACCCCCAGGUCCAUUGUGC